UUUUAUUUCCUGUUCUCCUCUCAUAUAGUACAAUGAAAUGUACGAUUUAGUUUCUUUACAGUCAAAAAUUUUUUUUCGCUCAUUUUUUCCUCCUAACGGUACAAUAAAAUUGCAAUUGGCUCAUAUGAUCAAAGUUUGUUAUCUGGUACACAUUUUUAGGUACAUCUAAAAUUUUACGUUUAACGUCUCUUAGUGCAGAUGCUUGAUUUCCUCAUGGACUUCCACUCAAAGAUUAAAGUCUUGAAAUUUAAUGAGAUGUUUUUUCCUCAGAUCCAAACGAAGACUGAACGCUGUAAUUAGGAGGCUUUUUUGUACUUUUUUCCUAAUAUUUUCUGUGAAACUCUAUACACAACACGCACAUUUUAAGCACACAAGCGUCUUUUUCUUCUCUUACAUGUCAACCAUAGAAUGAUUUAACUUAUGCUGAUGUUUAAAAAUAUGCGAACGAUAAUUUUUAUAGUUUUUGAACUAGCAAGGACAAACAGCUAUUCGAUUUAGAGAUUUUGUUCAGCAAUGAGAUAUAUGCAUGCAAAACUAAGUGCGUUUAACGGCUCUCAGUACUGAUGCUUGAUUUCCUCAUGGACUCUCACUCAAGGGUUAAACAAAAACACUACUAAAUCAUAAUUUAUUCUGCAGAAAUAAACUUUCUUCCACUAAUUCAAAGACGAAGUGGUUACAACUGAACUACUUUAUCUCACUGAUAUAAACCUAUGGUUCCUGAGAUAUUGCAAAAAAAGGUGCGUCAUUUUCUCGAAAUAAGGCUUCUUCCUCAGUUUUUAGGUUUUUAGAAAAUUUAGAAGAAAGCCAAAUCUUUGAUUCAACAUAUCAUUCGAGAGGACAGAAAACUGAAUCUGAAGUGAUACCGGUUGCUGCUGAUGUUACAUGGAUGAAUUGCGUAUUAAUGGAUGCUAUGUUAGCUGAAAGACGAUAUGAAAUAAAUCAAGAAGAAGAGGAAGAAUGUCGUGAUGCUGCACUUAGUUUUGGAGACAAUGAUAGGGAAUCUGGUUGUGAUGAAGAAUUUGAUUUACGUUGUGAUUCAAAGCAAAAAUCAUGCAGUACAUGA